UCAACUGGUAAUGGCCUCGUGCCACACAGAGAGGGGUGCGGUCUUUGGUCGGUUGCAGAGUGGAAUUCUGAGGACUCUUGAGAGGGUGUGAGAGCCAGUGAGGGAAGGCAAGGGCUCUGAGGAAACGGACGGAGGAGAAAGAAGGCUGUUCGUUCUGCUGCUGCUAGAUUGCUAGAUAUCCUGACGACUGAGAUAGCCAUGGCCAGCGCCACGGUUCCUUUCUCCUUUCCUCUGACCCACUUUGUCAUCUUUGUCUUCGUGAUAUCCACCAUCAUCCACCUCCAGCAGCGAAUAGUGAAGCUCCGACCCCUGUCAGAGAUUGAAAUCCACACGCUCCCAGUGCCCUCCGGAGACCCGGCAAGCGCAGAGAGGCAGGGCAUGUUCACCAUCAAUUCCAUUGGCCGCCUGGGGAACCAGAUGGGCGAGUACGCCACGCUGUUCGCCCUGGCCAGGAUGAACGGGAAGCCCGCGUUCAUCCCCGCCUCCAUGCACAGCGCGCUGGCGCCCAUCUUCAGGAUCAGCCUCCCCGUGCUGCACGGCGACACCGCCGGGAGGAUCCCCUGGCAGAACUACCACCUCAACGACUGGAUGGAGGAGCGGUACCGCCACAUCCCGGGGCGCUACGUGCGCCUCACCGGCUACCCGUGCUCCUGGACCUUCUACCACCACCUGCGCCCCGAGAUCCUGCAGGAGUUCACCCUGCACGACCACGUGCGCGAGGAGGCCCAGGCCUUCCUGCGCCGCCUGCGGGUGAAUGGGAGCCAGCCCAGCACCUUCGUGGGUGUCCACGUGCGCCGGGGAGACUACGUGCAUGUCAUGCCCAAUGUGUGGAAGGGUGUGGUGGCUGACCGGGGCUACCUGGAGAAGGCCCUGGACAGGUUCCGGGCUCGCUAUUCGGCUCCAGUCUUCGUGGUCACGAGCAACGGUAUGGCCUGGUGCCGAGAGAACAUCGACGCCUCCCGCGGAGAUGUGGUGUUCGCGGGCAAUGGUGUUGAGGGUUCGCCGGCCAAGGACUUCGCACUGCUCACCCAGUGCAACCACACCAUCAUGACUAUUGGAACCUUCGGGAUCUGGGCUGCCUACCUGGCAGGGGGUGACACCAUCUACCUGGCCAACUACACCCUUCCCAAUUCUCCCUUCCUCAAAAUCUUUAAGCCCGAGGCAGCCUUCCUACCUGAGUGGGUGGGCAUCCCGGCAGACCUGUCGCCACUCCUUAAGCACUAACGCCAGCCUGUCCUCCGUCCCCCUUCCAGGUCAAGGCAGGAGGAGCCACUGUAACAUUCAAGGGCAGAGCCUUCUUGUAAGAAGUGUCCCUUGGGCUGCAAACAAGAGAAGCAGAAACAUCUCCGGAAAACGUAGCCACACACUGGGCACCAGCAGCUCCAACCCAUCACUGGUGACCCCAGUUCUGGAUAACAACCAGCAGUGCCAACGCCGUUCUGUAGCACAGCUGUCUCCUGGUGCCAGAAGGCCCCACAGGCAGACAGCCGCUGCCAAGGCGGCAAGAAAAGGCUCAUGGCUUUCUUUCCCUUUCAGGGGUGAGAAGAAGCCACGCUUGCCCACUUAGUGGCAUCAUCAUGAAGUACCUGACACUGGGUACUUCACAAAGGUCCAGUGAGCGCCUCCCUGUGAUGGCAUUGCCAGGGUGGGGCAGCGUGUGACAGGCAUCAGUCCUAGGAAGCCUGAGCAAAGAGGACGGGGCUGGCUCUUUCUGUAGCCGCCGACCUUCCUGAACUGACUGGAGCCUGCUGAGAACUGUUAGCCCCUCUGAAGGCUGUGCCUUUGAUGACCUAGGAAUGUCUCAUAGUCUGUUAGGAUUUUAGUUUUUAAAUUAUGGAUCGUAUGUGUGAGUGUGUGAAGGCAAGUACCUCAGAGGCGUUGGCUUCCUGGAGCUGGAGCCAACGGCAGCCAGGAAUCCUUUCUUAACUGCUGAGCUGUGUCUCUAGUCUCCUUGGCUAUGCCUCUCAAAGGCCUCACCAUCACCACGCUGAGGACCCUUUUCAAGUCCGAUGAAAGCCACACCGCUGCAAGCACUCCAGCUGGCUCCCUUGUCCCCUUGACAAGACUGCCCCACUAGGCAGCAAAGGGUCGAGGAGGAGGUGCUGGAUUGGUUUCGCCUGUGAUCCAAAGGAGUCCUUGUUCACUGUGCAGUUACCUGAUCAAAAGGGAGGUGGGCGCUACAGUGAGCCCACAGUGCCGCCCCCCCACCGAGUUGCUCCUCGCUGGGACUCUGUCCACCAAGGGCUCCUUCGUCUUAUUCAGUCCGUCUGAGGAGAACUCUGUGGGUGGAGCUCAGAGCAGCCACACAUCCAACCCUGCUGUCCUGGCCUCCUGGAGACCCGUGGGACAUCUCCAGUCCCAAGAGCCAGUCUGAGCUGCAUGAGAUUCCAUCUCAGAAACAGAAAGAACAUGGCAAAAUCCAGGCUGGGCAGUGGUGGCACACACUUUUAAUCCCAACACUCAGGAGGCAGAGGCAGGCGGAUCUCUGAGUUUAAAGCCAGCCUGGUCUACAAAGCCAGUCCAGAACAGCCAGGACUACACAGAGAAACCCUGUCUCGGAAAAACAAAACAAACAAAUAUGCCUCUCCACAAUUUCAUUUUCUUUCUUUCUUUCUUGUCUUUUGAGACAAGGUCUUUACAUAGCCCUUGCUGUCCUGAAAUUCACAAUGUAGACCAGGCUGGCCUCCAGGGUGAUAGGCUCAAAGGCCUGUGCCAAUCACACCCAGCCCAAAUUUACAUUCUUGAGAGUGAUAAAACUGAGUUUGAGCCAUUCCUCCAUCACACAUUUAAUCCCAGCACUCCAGAGGCAGAAGCAGGCAAGUGGAUCUUUGUGAGUUCUAGACUAACCUGGUAGAGGACAAAAAUGCCUUGUGUACACAGAUAAGCACUGGAGAAGCCAGAAACAUUAAAGACACAGCUUGCCUCUUCAAUGGAGUGAGGUGCAGAUGCUCUUCCUAGAAUGCCAGGAAUGAUGGAGUUUGGUUUUGGGGUUUUUUUUGUUUUUGUUUUUUGUUUUUCUUUUUGUUUUUUUGUUUUUUUUUUUUUGGUUGUUUUUGGUUUUUUGAGGCAGGGUUUCUCUGGGUAGCCUUGGCUCUCCUAGACUCACUCUGUAGAGCAGGCUGACCUCGAACUCAAUAGAGAUCCACCUGCUGGGAUUACAGGUGUACCACAUCCAGCGGAAUGAAGUAGUUUUACAGUCUGGUGAUUCUUUGCUGCCUGGUGAGAUAGGCUUUGUCAGUAUCUCUAGAAUGUACUUAUCCCAGACCCUUUCCUCCCUAUGUAGCCCAGGGAAUCUUGGGCAUUGCUUUCAGACCAUGAACCCAUCCUUAUGUGUGAUGAAACUUAUGUUUUAUUACAGCCUAGACGUCUAUAUUAUCUUGGGGCCAGGACAAUCCUGACACCCACAAGUGCUGUUUACCUCAGUCAUGCUCCUUAGAUCUAAAUCUUGGGCAGUUUUUGAGCCAACAGUACUAGUUCUUGUGAAAGAAGCCAUGUGAACUGUGUAAAGAAUGUUAAUGUAGGUCUUAAAUUGCUAUGCCCUUGGGGCUGAGUUAGUAGCUGUCUGAACACUUUUUCCUACAUUGUGCUGUGCUUGAAUAUGGCUAAAGGAAAGUGACCUGGGCAGACUCUAGACGUCCUGGUCCAGCACCGGUUACGAUUAAAUUUGCCUGAGCCAACUUUCA